AUGACAUCAAAACGUAGUAAAAUUCUUGAUGAAAAUGUUCUAUCAAUUUGUCCAUAUUUCAAACGCUUUUGUGCAAAUCCAUUUGACGAGACCAAAAAUCCUAAUGGAAUAUUAAACCUUGGUGUAGCAGAAAAUAUGUUGUGUGAAGAUAUGAUAGCCGGCAAAUUGGCAUCAAUACAAAAUUGGUUCCCAGAGUAUAACUACUAUCCAGAUGCAGGAGGAGAGUUAGCCUUUCGAAAGGAGUUGUGCCAGUUUUUCACCAGAUUCUUUCUUCUUCAUAAUACUAUUCAGCUCGAGCCAAAAAGACUUUUAAUCACAAGUGGAGCAACGACCGGUUUCGCUCUGUACAGUUUCGUCUUGGCUGAUAUCAACGAUGUAUUCAUCGUUGCAUCACCGUACUAUAGUGUUAUGGAUCGUGAUAUCUCACUACUGACUCAUAAUACUGUAAUUCGAUGCCCAUUGCUAGAUCAAGAUAAGGGUCUGUUUCGAAUUCAUGUUGACAUUUAUAGGCGAGGGUAUAAUGAAGCAAUCAAGAAUGGUUUAACGCCAAAAUGCAUAAUCAUCACUAAUCCACAAAAUCCACAAGGCUCAUUUUAUGACGAAGAAACGCUAAUGCCCAUAUUAGAAUUCGCUGCUGAGAAGCAGAUACAUGUUAUUGUCGAUGAGAUAUACGCAUUGAGCAUAUUCAAGACAUCAAAACAACCGUUUACAUCUAUUUUAAAUUAUCAACAUUUACCUGAUCCCAAACGGACACAUUUCCUGUGGUCAUUUAGCAAGGAUUUUGGUCUAUCUGGAGCACGUUUGGGUGUGUUAUAUUUUGGAACCGAAGAGAUUUGUAGGAAAGCUCAGAAAUUAAAUUAUCUAUUUUUACCAUCGAGAGCUAUCCAAAUGACACUGAUAAAUCUAAUAUCAGAUCACGAAUGGGUAGAAGUUUAUAUCGAAACAAAUCAAAGACGUCUAACAGAACAAUACUUUUAUGUUAUAAAUCAAUUGAAACUGAUAAGCAAUAAUAGAAUACAGGUGUACAAAUCGAACGCCGGUUUUUUCAUAUGGGCGAAUUUCCAGUCUUAUAUGAAAGAGAAGACAUUUGAUGAGGAACUGAGAUUGUAUAAUGCAAUAUUUAAUGGUGGUGUUUUUAUCUCAAGAGGAAAGAAUAUGGGCGCUGCAGAACCUGGAUGGUUCCGACUUGUUUUUUCUGUUAAAGAUAAUUGGAUCAAUGAAGCUUUGGGAAGAAUCCAAGUGGCACUGGAGAGAUACGAGGAAAAUUGUGAAGGGCGAGGAACCAAGCGGUUUCGUCGACAUUACAGCCUCAUCGACCAUAUUCCCACUUAG